AUGUUUGUUUUGCAUCUCGUGCUUGCCGUGUGCACGUCUCUGGAAAGGGCUUUGCUGGAGAAGGGAGAUGUGGAGCGUGCCAUCCAUCUUUGCGAGACGAGAGAAGGGCCACUGGAUUACUUCUACGGCUAUUUUGUCAAGAAGGUGCUUAUGGGAAAGGAGAAGGAGGCUCUUCUUGACAUAGCCGGCUCUGGCAACCACAAGGAUGCUAGGAAUAUCGUCCUCGGGGUGAUGUCGAUGGAGUCAGGCAGCACGAACGAAAGAGCAAAGCUUGCUGCAGACCUGCUCUGGAGUGUGGCAGCAAGGGUGUCCAGAAAGUACCUGCGGAAUUCCCAUGCGUUCCUUGCUGGGGAGCCCUUUAGAAAGCUCGAGAAGAACUUCCUGUCGAAGAGGGGGGUAAGCAACAUUGUCACGAUGGUCUAUUCUGGAGACGAUGUAUCAGCGAGGCUUUUUCUGUCGCUGCUGGACAACCGCAAGAUAUACAUUGGAGACUACAUUGAUGUGAUAGAGUUCCUUGUGAAGAGCGGGUAUGCAAGGGCAUUUGGGUACUUAGGGGAGAUAUACUAUCACGGGAUUGGGGUGAAGAGGUCUCUCGACCAGGCCAUGUACUUUUUCUCCAGAGGAAAGGAGAUGCAAGACACGAUGGGGGCCUGUGGGGUUGGGAAGAUACUGAUGUCAGACGAAUACAGAGACUACAAGAAUGCAAAGUCGGCCCUGGCUCUGGCAAAUAGGCUUGGGCAGUCUGGCGAGGCGGAGUAUCUGAUGUAUCUUCUUAUGGUCAGGAGGCCCGAAUACAUGCACAGGUCGAGCUCCCACAUGGAGUCUGCUCUUAUGUACGGAUAUCUUCCUGCCAUCUGCAGAGACGGGCUGAACUACUACAUGAACAGAGAAUAUAUCAAUGCCUGCAUCAGGUUUCAUCCGAUUAUGGACUAUUCGGACAUUGUGUACGACCUAAGGAAAAGGGCAGAGGCGAACUUUGUGUCUGGGAGAUACAGACAGUGUGCAAUGGCGCUGCUCAUGUGUGCAGAGCUUGGGUCUGUUUCCUCCAUAAGAAAUGCCGUGUAUGUUCUCCAGAGGCACUCGGUUCUGGAGAGGCAGGAGGAGAUACUCUUCAGUCUGUACAUGAAGCUUCUCAGAAAGGGAGACCAGGAUGUUGUCAACAGGAUAGGCGAUGCCUACUUCUACGGGGUGGGUGUUGGAAGGUCGCACAGUGAUGCAUUUGCAUUCUACAUAUCUGCGGCUCUCAUGGGAGACCCGGAAGGAUGCUACAAUGUCAGCUACAUGUAUGAGCACGGCUAUGGUGUGAAGAAAAGCCUGAUGCUUGCCUUCAAGUAUGUCCUAAAGAUCAAGCCCACGGACGAUAUGUAUCUGCUUCUCCUAUACACAUACAUUAGACUUCUUUUCAAGCCUAUCAUUUGUUUUCUACUGAACAAGUAUUCUGUUUCUAUCUGCAUAGGGGCGCUGGUGGUUCGGAGGAUGUACACGGCCGAGAGGAGCAUAGGGAGGGAACAAGAAGACCCAAAGAACUGA